UGGCCCUGGCCACCAACACCAACAGCCAAUGGCAAUUCAGUAAUCCCACAUGCAUCGAUCUAUCUUUUUUAAACAGUACUUUUCCAUACCUUAAACACCCAAAUUUUUCUCUCCCUUUCUCUCUAAACAAACAUCAACCAUGGCUCUCUUUAAUUCCAAAAUCACGCUCUUUUUUUGCACGCUAAGUUUCUUCGCUCUCUUUCUUUUCCCACUACUCUCUCUUUCCGCUUCCAUCCAUGACCUCCUUAUCUCAAAAGGGUUACCUGCUGGUCUCCUUCCAAAGGAAGUGAGAUCCUACAAUCUCUCUGAAAAUGGCUACCUGGAGGUGUUUCUUGAUGGACCUUGCUUGACUAAGUUUGAGAACAGGGUCUUCUUUGAAAGUGUAGUGAGGGCCAAUCUCACCUACCGGAGUCUCACCGGAGUUGUUGGUUUAUCCCAAGAAGAACUCUUCCUUUGGUUGCCUGUUAAAGAUAUCAUUGUUGAUGACCCGAGAUCAGGGCUUAUAAUGUUCGACAUUGGCGUUGCUCAUAAACAGCUUUCUUUAUCUCUCUUUGAAGAACCACCUGAUUGCAAGCCUCAAGGUGAGUUGAAGAAGAAUGGCGUGAGGAAAGAGAAAGGAUUUGAGGCAUGGAGAUAGAUUGAGAUGCUUCCCUGUUUUAGCUUUUGUCUUUUCUUAAUUUAUCUCCCAUAUAAUGUUAUGCGGUUGUGGAAAUGGACUAAGUAUGGGGCCUAGUUUCUCUAAUCAUAGUUUUUUUGUUAAUAUUAAUUAAUUUUUCAGGUGUUAUUAGAUUAGAAAUGAAAGGGUUUGUUAAAUUUUUAGGAGUUGUAAAGAAUGUGAAAUUCUGAAAUCUUUCUGUUCUAAUCCAA